AUGAAAGCAGAUGAAGAGAAACGUAGGCAAGAAGAAAAUAUAGAGGAAGAGAAGCGUAGACAAGAAGAGAAAGAGGACAAGGAGAAGCGUAGACAAGAAGAGAAAGAGGACAAGGAGAAGCGUAGACAAGAAGAGAAAGAGGACAAGGAGAAGCGUAGGGAGGCGAAGGAGAAGCUUAGACAAGAAGAGGAGGAGAGGCGUAGAAAAGCAGAGGUAGAAAUGAUAAAUAGUUUAACCCAAAUUCAUGAAAAUUUUCAAUUAGAGGUAAGCCAACUUAAUAAUAGAAUAGACACAUUAGAUGAAAAACAAAACUCUUUAGACAAUAAAAUACAGCAGCAACAAAAUUCUUUAGUUAAUUUAGAGCAACAACAAAACGAUUUGAAAUCUAAUUUAGAAAGACAAAUAGUUGAGUUACAAACCAAAAUUAAUACCCAAGCUUCAUUAUCACAUAUUUCAGUAACUAAUAUCGACUCUGAACAAACAGCCCCUUCAUCUUCGAUAGUGUAUCCAGGUACCGUCAGAACGAGCAAAAUCUUAAAACCACCGACAUUUGAUGGCCAAACAGCAUGGGAAACUUAUCGUUUUCAAUUCGAAGCUGCAGCUAGAGCAAAUGGCUGGAAUGAGAACGAAAUGGCAGCUUCCUUGGUGGUGUCGCUUCGAGGUCAGGCAGCGACCGUUUUGCAAUUUCUUCCCCAGGAUGCACCCAAUUAUACCUCUCUCGUACAAGCUUUAGAGACAAGGUAUGGCCAGCAACAUCUGAAGCAGGUUUUUCAAAGUCAGCUGAAAGUUCGAUAUCAAAAAUAUAAUGAAAGCCUGCAAGAAUUUGAAGCCGAUAUUAAAAGAUUAUUACAUUUGGCAUAUCCUCAGGCACCAAGAGAUUUUCUGGAACAAAUCGGUAUACAGGCUUUCAUAGAUGGACUGCAUGAUAUCGAAAUGCAACAGGCUCUGCGAUUACAAUACCACAAAACGCUUGAUAAAGCACUAAUCUCAGCUCAGGAGUACGAAGCGGCGAAAAAUAUUUCUAGAUCUCUUCCACAAUUAAAAGAAAUAAGAUUUACAGAAAAUAAGCAAGUCACAACCACAGAUAAUGAACAACUAGUUUUAUCCCAGAUAUUAAGCUUACUACAAAAUAUCCAACAAAAACCUAGAAAUGAAAACAGAAGAUGUUUUAACUGCGGAAGAAUGGGACAUCUAAAAUCCAAUUGCAGAAGCCGAUCCCAAGCACGAAAAGAAGAAUACAAGAAUGAGAUCAGAAGGUCGCUUAGUUCGACAUCCAGAAGCCUGUCGCAAAGUGUCACUAGAAAUGAUGGUAGAUGGUCACUAAGAAACAGAUUUCCUACAACUGACCAUAGAAAGGAAGAAAAUACACUGGAAUUUGAAGUUAGCCAUUUGAAGGAACAACUAGCGAUUAGUAAAAAUAAAAUAGAAAGAUUAAGAGAACAGGUGACAAUAUUGCAAGAAGAGUGUAAGGUAAUUCAAAAUAAUGCAAAAACUACACAGUCCAAUCUGGAAAACGAAUGUCAAAAACUGAUGAAAGAGAAGAAUGUGUUAAAUAAACAAUUUCAAGAAUACCAAAAUGCAUUAAAUGAAUUACAAGUUCAAAGCCAACGUCAGCUAGCACAAAAAGAGAAUGUAACCGAAGAACAUGAAGGUGGAAAAAACGAUCAUGAAAAAUGUGAUCUAAUGAUCUUAGCAAGAUCUGCGAAAGAAUUAAGAGAAGUCGUGAAGAAAAUUAUUAUUGAAGAAGCACAAAAAUUCGAAUUGGAGCUAAGUGAAGACAAAACCAAAUAUAUAAUCAUAGGAGGGACAGAAAAACAAGAAGAAGACUUUAGUGUGAGGUCGGUUACUGAUAAAAGCUAUACAUAG